AUGAUCUCUGGAUCAAUCGCGGGUGUGGUGGAGCACAUGGCAAUGUUUCCCGUUGAUACAAUGAAACCCCAGAUCCAAGCCAUGGUCUCUUGCCCAGUUAAAUCCGCGAGCAUGAUGUGCAAAUAUCGCAAAGAGCCUGUGAGUUCGGCGGUGGUCUUCGACAGCGGGCAGCGGUGCCACAGGGUUUUACACCGCUGUUCUGAAUCCCAUCUGAGAAAAAUGGCUCCAAAGAAGGGCGCAAAAUUGCCGACAGGUGUGGCUAAAAGGAAAGCGGAAAAGGUAGUGAAUCCUCUAUUCGAGAAGAGGCCAAAGCAAUUUGGUAUUGGUGGAGCGUUGCCGCCGAAGAAGGAUCUCCACCGAUUUGUGAAAUGGCCUCAAGUGGUGAGGAUUCAGCGCAAGAAGAUGAUUUUGAAGCAACGGCUUAAGGUCCCGCCGCCAAUUCAUCAGUUCUCAAAAACCCUCGACAAGAACUUGGCAACGAGCUUGUUCAAGAUGCUUCUCAAAUACAGGCCUGAGGAUAGAGCUCAAAAGAAAGAGAGGCUUCUUAAAAGAGCUCAGGCUGAGGCUGAAGGAAAAACGCCAGAGGUUAAGAAGCCAAUCAUUGUGAAAUAUGGUCUCAACCAUGUAACAUAUCUAAUUGAGCAGAACAAAGCUCAACUUGUUGUCAUUGCCCACGAUGUUGACCCCAUUGAGUUGGUCGUGUGGCUUCCUGCAUUGUGCAGGAAAAUGGAAAUCCCUUACUGCAUCGUGAAGGGAAAGGCACGGUUGGGAACUAUAGUCCAUAAGAAGACAGCAUCUGUACUGUGCUUAACCUCAGUGAAGAAUGAAGACAAGAUGGACUUCAGCAGGAUCUUGGAAGCUAUUAAGGCCAACUUCAACGACAAAUAUGAUGAGACCAGGAAGAAGUGGGGUGGUGGAGUUAUGGGCUCAAAAUCCCAGGCCAAGACAAAGGCCAAAGAGAGACUCAUGGCCAAGGAGGCUGCACAGAGGAUGACUUAA